AUGGCAGCCAAAAUCCACAUUUCUUGUUCGUUUAGCCACAGAGCUAGCGAUUCCCGAAACUCAUCAUCUUCCUCUUAUUCUUCGUUGCUUGCUUUUCCUCAAUUCCUCUCCCCACAAUCUCCUAAAGUCUUCAAGCUUCACGCCAAAUUAGGUGGAGGAGAUGGAGAAGUGAAGAAGAAGAAAUUCAUAACCAAAGAGGAAGAACCAGAACAGUAUUGGCAAAGCGCUGGAGAAAGAGAAGGUGAGAAUCCGAUGAAGACGCCUCUCCCUUACAUUAUCAUCUUCGGUAUGUCAACUCCAUUCGUCAUCUUAGCCGUUGCUUUCGCCAAUGGCUGGAUCAAAGUUCCCAUUCGCUGA